UCCUCUCUCUCCCAAUGGAUAAUGUCCCGCUCCCUGGUCUUACAAGAAGCACCCCAAGUUUUCACACAAAAAAACAUGAGAAUUCAUGUGAUUUCUCCAAUAAUGACCUCCACUUUAAUGGUUACGAGGUUGAUUUCAAUAUUGCCUGGUUCAAUGACAUGAAGAAAAAUUUGAUGAGGAUGAUUACUGCCACCAUUGAUGACACAGAAACCAUGGUUUUAAUCGACAAUAUCCAACGGCUCAGCAUAUCCUACCAUUUUGAGGCUGAAAUCGGAGAAAGAUUAGAUCGCAUUUAUAGGAGUGGUAUUGUAGGCGACUGCGAUGACGACCUAUAUAUUGUUUCUUUAGGAUUUCGACUCCUCAGACAGCACGGAUAUAGAGUGUCAGCAGAUGUGUUCAACAAAUUCAAGGAUGAAAGUGGAAAUUUCAAUUCAUGCUUGAGCAAAGAUGUUAUAGGCAUCUUGAGUCUAUAUGAAGCUUCACACCUUGGCAUACAAGGAGAAGAGUACAUGGAUGAAGCUUUAGCUUUCAGUCUUAAGCACCUUAAAGCAUCGGGGUCUCGACUCGAGCCCGAACUUGCUAAAACUGUCAAGCAUGCGCUCGAGCUGCCCAUGCACUUUCGCAUGCCAAGGUUAGAAUCCAUGUAUUACAUAAAAGUCUCUGAAAGAGACCUUGGUAGAAACCAGGAUUUGUUAGAAUUUGCAGUAAUGGAUUUCAAUAUGGUGCAAGCAAUGCAUAAGCAGGAGUUGAAAGAAGUCACAAGGUGGUGGAGGGACCUGGGUUUGGCAGAUAUGCUAACAUUUGCACGGGAUAAAAUACAUGAAUGGUUCAUGUGGCCUGUUGUUAUUUCGUCGGAGUCUGAGUUUUCUGUGGGUAGAGUUGAUCUCACCAAAGUCGUAGCCUUCAUUCAUAUCAUUGAUGAUAUUUACGACAUUUAUGGAACCUUAGAUGAACUACAACAAUUUACGGAUGCAAUAAAAAGAUGGGAUCCAAUGGUUACGCGUGGGCUACCUGAGUACAUGAAAACAUGUUAUUUAGUGUUAUAUGAUGUCGCCAGUGAUAUAUCUUUUAAGAUAUUCAAGAAUCAUGGGCUUAAUGUCAUGGGCCACUUGAGACAAGCGUGGACUUCCCUAUGUGAGGCAUUCUUAGUGGAAGCGACAUGGUUUAACUGUGGGUACGUGCCAAGCAAAGAAGAAUAUUUGAAGAAUGGAGUGACGAGUUCAGGUGUACACGUGGCGUUAGUUCAUGCUUUCCUUCUUUUAAGUCCCCACGUAACGCGGGAGACUGUGGAACUUGCAAGCCACAAUUCUCAACUCAUUCUUUCACCGGCUUCAAUACUGCGCCUGUGGGAUGAUUUGUCAGCCACUGUGGAUGAAAAGGAGAGGGGAUAUGAUCCUUCCUACAUCGAGUGCUACAUCAAGCAACACAAGGAUGAAACCGAAGAAAACGCUAAACAACACACAAGAGACUUGAUUGCCACUAUGUGGAAGAAACUCAACCAAGAAUGCCUCGACCCAAGUCCUUUCCCACACUCCAUCACAAAGAUGGCCUUGAAUAGCUCUCGAAUGGUCCAAGUCAUGUACCAAUCUGAGAUUGAUUCAGUUGGUUCUACUCUUAAGGACCAAAUGAAGUCACUGCUUCUUGAACCCAUGUCUCUAAAUUCUUAACUUUUCCAUUACGCAUUUAGAAUACCUAUGCGUAAUGAAAAUUCGGUAAAAAUAUGCUUUUAGUUCCUUUUCAUGUAAUUCUUUUCACUAAGGACCAAGUAAAAUAAGGACAAAAAUAAUUGGAUCAGUGUGAUUUCUGAUCAGUUAAGGCUA